UACUUUUUCGUCCGUCCCAAGCAAGUCUCUCCUCGCGAAAUAAAAAAAAGAUCCCCUUUGCCAGCGCCGGCAGCACGGAACCAUCAGCGCGGUGGCCACACCCCUUCCUCUCCGCCGGCGAGCUCCUCCUCCGCCCACCCCACCCCCACCGCCACCCCAAUCCGGGUGGGCCGGCGUGGUCCGAAGAUCCGUCGGCCGUGGUUCCUCUCGCCGGAUCAUUCUCUACCGCUGUGUGGUCAAAAUGAAGGGAGACCUGUAAAUUGUGUACCAUAUUAAGGUUAUUUCGUAUUUCUCCAUCUGUUCUGUUAGGAACCAAGCUAGACAAUGGCAUCGCCACAAGAAUCCAAACCCUUGUGCUUGAAGCGCAAGCUUGUCGACAACUGCCUGUCAAAAGAUUGCAAGUCUCGUCGAGUCGUGGUUGACAAUGGACCCUCUGAUCCAUCUGCUAAACGGUGCAAGUGCUGUUGCACGCGACCUAAUCUUGCUAGUGAUUGCGUCAAUUACCUGAAAAGUGGAGUUCCCAGCCGUAUCGUGUUUUACAAACAAGAUUCUUGGCACAAUUUUCCUGAGCUAAUAAUGAAGUCCCUGAUUGAAGGAUUUAAAGGCGGCAAAUCUAGUGUUGUGGCUGUGAUGGAUGAUGAGCCUGUUCUUGUUGAUUUCUUGUCAAUGAGUCUUGUCAACCUACAAACAAGAAAACAGCGAUCUGUUGCAUGGUAUGAUGAUACUGGAAAGGGCUUUUUCCCUUCUCUGUUCUUUGACGAGGAAGGUGAUGAAACGGCCAAUUUGGACUCUAGUAAUGUUGAGGAUGGUGCACAGGGAAUAAUGCUGGAUAAGGCUGUAAGUUCUCCAGAGGAAGUGGUGAAGCAAGUUGUUCUUGAAUCUGGCCCUCCGGGGCCACAUAAGCCUUCCACUGCAGACAUAUUACGUAAAAAGAUCACAUCUGUGGAAAGAGGAAGCGAAGACUUUUUGCUUGUUCAGGACCUUUUUCUCUCUGGUAUGGGUCCGUUUGCAACACCGAAUAACAUACUUCAUAUCCACCGCUACUCCCCGAAUGAUAUCACUGCUCAGUGUCGACUUCAAGCUUUUGAAAAACAAAUGAGCUGCACCAAAGAAGAUCGUGGUGAUUCAAAUGUAAGAUAUGGAUGGCUGGGUUCUACGAAGAGUGACAUAGUUAGGAUUCUAAUUAAUGGGUUUGGUAACACCGGAAAACCUGCUGAGAAGGCAUGCUUGAGCGCUGGUGUUUAUCUUUCACCAGAAGAUCGAGCCUUUACCAGUGUCGGUCUUUGUGAUGUUGACGAAAAAGCGGUGCAGUAUAUGUUAUUGUGCCGAGUGAUAUUGGGCAACAUGGAAGCUAUCACGCCUGGAUCACAAGAUUCUUUUCCAAGCAGCGAGAUAUAUGAUUCUGGAGUUGAUGAUUGCUCCAACCCAAAGUGUUAUGUUAUGUGGCCAUCCCAUCUUAACACUCACAUCCGUUUAGAAUAUCUUGUUAGUUUCAGACUUUCACCAAAAGUUCGAAAUUAUUUACUUGGCUUGAAGGGUUUAUGGUUUCACCCAUCACCAAAAGAAGUUGCUAUGGAUAUUUCUACUCUUCAACCUAUAAUGGGUGAAACUGGUGAAGCACCAACAUCCCCAUGGAUAUCCUUCAGAGUUCUGUUUGCAAUGAUCCAAGACAAUAUAUCAUCUGUAGCAAAGGAACUGCUCUUCCAUCAUUAUGAAGAGCUGAAGGAAAACGAAAUAAGUCGUGAAGAAAUGGUGAAGAAGAUGAUAAUAAUAGUCGGAGAAAAGUUACUUUUGGAAACUUUAAAGAAGCUCCAUUACUGUCCAUCACUAUGGCAUAAAUCUUCUGUCGAAGUGAUGUCCAGUGAUCCUGCAAGGGUAGCAGCAGAAGAUCCUGCAAGGACAACAGAAGAAUACAUAUCCUUGGAUAAAACAACUGGGCAUUGUGCACUAACUCUUGGUAACCUUGGUGAUUCCUGUGGACCAAAUACAUUGGCUGAAAGUUCCACAGCUCUUAGCACCAAAGGAUGUGAUACUCUUGCAGUAGCUACGGUGCCCAAAAGCCAUGAUUCUGUCGCACCAAGCAGUGUGCCUGAAACAUCUACUUCUUCUGGUGGCAUAUGCCUAGCUUCCCCAAGUGUGAAACCCAAAAGUAGGGAUUCUCCUAUACGAAUAAUGUCACCUGAAAGCUCUGCAAAUCAUGGUGCCAAAAAUCAGGAUCCUUCUGCAGCUAGAAUGGCACCUACACUUCAUGACGUCCUUCGGAGGACAGCUUCUGGAAAAUCUGCAUCUCGUGGUGCGGAAGGUAGCAAUGGUGUUGCACCAAGUAUGAGACCUCAUGGUUAUGCUUCUCCAGCACCAACUAAUGCCUCAAAAGGCCGUGGGAUUGGUGCUCCGGGACUCAGUCUGAAGGGCUCUGAAUGUCCUGGGCCAGUUUUGGCACUGGGAAGCACCAAAUUCAGAGGGAUGAAAAGUCCCAGCUCUGUGCCAAGAAUGACACCUGAAGGCCCGGAAUUUCUUUCACUGAGUAUUGCGCCACAAAGCCAAGUAAUUUAUCCAACUAAGUGCCAUGGUGGUGAUUUGAGUUCUUCUGUCGCAGCUCCAGCUCACGUGCCAGGACAUGUGAACUCUUCAGCUUUGAGCGCUGAAGGCUGCGAUUCUCUAGCACUGAGUAUCGCGCCAAACUGCCAUGAUCCUCCAGCAUCAAGCAAUAACGAGCCAGCGUUCCAUGGGGCUCCAACAACAAAUACAGCAUCUGAAGGCGAGCACUCUCAGGCGCCGAGUGCAGCCACCAUGGAUUAUACUGCUCCUGCACCGACAACCGGGGAGGCCGUACAAUUUGGACCCUGCAAUAAGCCAUCGGCGCCCGUCCCUGAGCCCGGCAGCAACGUCGCUCAGGCGGCUGACAUCCUCGUCGCCCUGUCAACUCCGCGAGAGAAGGGCAAGUAGUAGCAGAGGGGACAGCCGAGACUGCACCGCCGAUGACCCCUUUGGUCCCCGUUUUGGAUCUCUGUUGCUGUACAUGUAAAUGUUUACCCGUUUCAUGUGCUGGAUGGUGGCUUGGCUUGCCGUUGUACAGGCGGGGGGAACUUGUGCUGUUAGCUCAGGUGUAAACAAACCAGUGGGAUGUGCUGUUAGUUUGGGUCAAUCUGUAGGGAUACAUACCAGUCACCCUGUCGACUCUGAACACAAGUAACUGUUUAUCUGUUGAACUUGGCAACCGUUAUCUCCUC